CUGCACGCAAGGUGAGCUGACAUUAGAAGGGGGAGAGAGUGAGACGAGGAGAAGAACACAUGCUCGAGACGGCCUUGCUGGAAUUUCGAGGCACAGUUGAAUGCGUGCAAUUGUAUACUGGUCGUUAAUUCUUGUGAGAGUACGUUCAAAACCUCAUUUAGUUUAACGUACUGCGCAGCUGCAAAAGAUCGCGCUGUCGGGGAUUGUGUGGGAGCCGUGAUGCGAGUUUAGGGACGGCUUGAGAGAGUUUUUUCCUGAGUGUUUUGGUGCUGGAAUAAUGGGUGUUGAGCUGGUGUCUGUUGUUGUUGGCUGGUAGUGUUUCGUGGGAGGCGAACGGUGGGAGGUGCCUUCAUCGUGAGAGUGACUUUGAUGAGGAGGAAAGGUUGACAGGUGAAAGGCUUUUAGUGGAAUGAGUAGAGGUGGAUUGGCUCCGUGGAGAUGAAUGUGUUGGUGUAAUGUUGUGGAUAGGAAGGUGAGAGAGAGUGUGCGACUUGACGACGGGAGAACAAGACGAAGAAGAAGAAGAAGAAGAAGAAGAAGCCUGGGAGUGCUGAAGAAGAUCAGAGGAUUGUUGUGAAACCCUUCCGUGGUGAUGGUGAGGGAGUGAAGAGCUGACGAUUGGAUUUUAUCUUUGAGGUGUGGAGCUGGAGAGCUGGUGGAGACGUGGAUUGUGAUUGUUGAUGCGUGCUGCGGCAGGCUGGGGCUGCGACGGUGUUUCUCCCGUGUACGUGAAGUUUGUUAUGCUGCUGGGAUACGAGAAAUUGAAGCGUUCAGUGGGGACCUGAAUUAAAUACCGCGCUGGAUGGCGAUCGUAGCUGAAGGUCCUGGCGUGCCUCAUUGCUUGUGAGAGUUUCUGAUACUGGCGUCUGAAGGAGGUUGAUAGGGCUGUGGAGCUGCACACACGUGCGGUACGAUAGUGGAUGAUGACCAGUGCCGGAGCUGUCUGUGCGUCGUCAAAGCACCAUUUCUUCUGAAGCAAUCUCAAGUGCGGGAAUACUAUCGUGCUGAAGGUUGAAGUCAAACGUUUACUGAACACUCUGAAAUUCUUAGAGUUGAAUUGUGAAGACGUUUGGCACAGAAUGCACAUCCACGCUGUUCACGCGAUUUGCGCCAGAAAUACUCCUCGUAGCUCAAUCAGGAAGGUCCGAAACUCGAUGACCUUACAGUUUGCAGCCGAGGCCAGUGACUGCGGAUGGCGGAUACCAAACCUUGUAGCACCUCUCUUCUAAGGCUCUCCUUUCGCUUUUUUAUGAAAGUGCGAAAAUCGUGAGAUGCUGUCUUCUUCGUUCUUAGUUUCUGAAUAUAACAGUCGCAAAAACAGCUCGGGAGUAUACGACACAGUAAUUGAGCCUGUGCUGGAUUCCAAACAAUUUGCGGAAACUAUGAACCGAAAGAUGAAAGGCGCAGAGGUACGUAGAGGGAACAGAUAGGGAUGGAACAAGGAGGCCGAAGCGAAUGCCAACGAGUCGAAUUUGUUGAUACUAGCAAGAGAGAGUUAGCAAUUGGUCAAGAUUGUGGCGCUCUUUUCAUCGGUCACGCACCAUUGCGUGUGUUAAGGAACUUCUCAUGGUUUGGAGGACUGCGGAUACCACGCCGUAUAGCACCUCCAAUCUAUUCACAUCAAAAUCCCGGCACUUCCCUUAACUACUCCGACGACAACAAGUCUGUGAGGUGCUGCGCUACUUUUUAUUUUGUGUCUAAGAUGAAAGGAUUGCGGGGGACGUCGUUAGACGGGUCAAGAAGAAUCCCGAUUGAUAUUUUAUCGGAGGAUAAGUUUGAGAAUCGCAGCAUAGAUGGAACAAGUUCUACCCUCAGCAUGGAGGGCUUUAGUAUGGACCUAUUGGGAGAUGGAGAUGCGAGUUUUAGUCUGAAUCACUGUGAUGAUGCCGCAAGCAGUUCGACGGGUUCUUCACCUUUGGGAUGGCCGUUGGGCAGAAUGGAUAGACCAAAUGCAGCUCUUUCACCUUCAUCGAACAUGCCUAGUGGUAGGAAGAACUUCAUGUGGGAAGAAAAGAGGGAAAAAAGAACUACAGAGCUCUCAGAAGUGGAGAUGAUGAAGGAGAAGUUUGCAAAGCUUCUGCUUGGGGAGGAUAUGUCUGGUGGGGGAAAAGGUGUUUGCACUGCGUUGGCUAUAUCGAACUCAAUCACGAAUUUGUCAGCGUCAGUGUUCGGAGAGUUGUGGAGGUUAGAGCCUCUGUCCAUGAAGCGGCGGACCAUGUGGAGGCGAGAGAUGGAUUGGAUUCUUUCAGUUAGUGAUCAUAUCGUUGAGCUGGUCCCAUCGUGGCAACGAUAUCCAGAUGGAAGCACAAUUGAGAUUAUGAUAAGCACACCUCGAUCAGAUCUUAGCAUCAACUUGCCAGCGCUUAGAAAGCUGGACAACAUGUUGCUUGAUUCGCUUGAAAGCUACCAUGAGACGGAAUUUUGGUACGUGGACCAGGGGAUUUCAGUUUCUGAGGACAGUAGAAACGUGCGGCAUUCUAUGCAGCGGCAAGAAGAUAAAUGGUGGCUGCCAACCCCAAAUGUGCCUGCUAGGGGUCUUUCAGAUUCUUCUAAAAAGUUUCUACACCAUCAAAGGCAUGCUACAAGUCAAAUUCUUAAAGCUGCUAUGGCUAUCAAUGCACAAGUAUUAAUCGAGAUGGAGGCGCCGGAGUGCUACUUUGAGACUCUCCCGAAGAAUGGUAGAACUUGCCUUGGUGAUGAACUGUACCGGGCAAUAGCCUCGGAGCAUUUUUCUCCAGACCGACUUGUAUCAAACUUAGACGUACACGAUGAACACAAUAUUUUAGAGAUGGCGAAUCGGUUAGAAGCUGCAGUGGUUGGGUGGCGGCGAAGAAGUCAGACAAAUGGAGUGACUCAUUUGUCUUCAUACGAGAACAAGCUCAACCGCAAAACCUCUUGGAGUAAAAUGAAGGACUUAGUUGGCGAUGUAGAAAGGAGGGCAGUACUUGCUGAAAGAGCGGAGAGUGUACUCAUAUGCUUGAAACAACGAGUUCCAGGCAUGUCGCAGACCGCUUUAGAUGCAAAUAAGAUCCAGUUCAACAGGGAUGUGGGGCAGUCAAUUCUAGAGAGUUACUCGCGUGUACUGGAAAGUCUAGCCUUUAAUAUCAUUGCACGCAUUGAUGAUGUCCUGUAUGCGGAUGAUCUGGUGACGAGGUCAUUGCGGCCUCAACUAUCCGUAAAUCAGGAUGGAUCACUAUCGCAUCGUCGAAGUUUCUCAAGUCGAAGAAUGAGACAUAAUGGUUCCGAUCGAUUCACUUCCUUAAGCACCACAUAUACGACACCUUCCAUCUCGCCCAGCUGUAGCCCUGCGCCGAGUCCUCGUGGUUCAACCCCGAAAUCUCCUCACGAGGACGCCAAGGAACAAAUUCUAGCGCCUUCUUUUGGCAAAGCACUGUCAGAGUACAUGUGUAAAUAUAUACCAGAAGGUGAAGCUUUGUUGGAAUCUGAAGGCCCACGUAAAUUCUCGCUGGAUGAUGGGAGGUCGUGGACACAUGCAGGACAUCUCGAAAAUUUAAAUGCUCUUCACAGUCCUCCGGGGCGCGACUAGUAGUAUAUCUUUGUAAGCAACCUUCUUGUACAUUAUCAAUUCUUCACUAAUCAGAAGUUGUCACAUGCUAGCAUAGGGACACACACAGUAUGCAACGCUCAUCUUUUUCGGGCUUACCCUAGUGAAAACUUCAACAGAUUGUUUCUUCUCCGAGGAGAACUCGCAAAUACGCAUCAUGUGUACCCGUAAUUUAUUACUCGGUUCAUUAAUCACAAAAUUUUCCUUCCGAAAA